ACAUUAAAGUCCUUCCUGCAGUAAAUAAUUAAACAGGGCCAACCCGUCCGUCUGAGAGUGGCUGACCCCUCCUCGUGCCCCCGAUCCGGCCACCCCCGAUUCGCCGUCCCAUCGCCACGGCCAAGUCCAACCUUCGUCCGUUAUCACCGCUGCACCGCCCCCAUUCCAUUCUUCUCCAUUUAUUUAAGGGAACCCUCCUAUCUCCACCGCCACUUCACACGUCAACCCGGCACAAGGAGGCAAGGAGCACGAACAGCCCACGGAGGAAGCGCAGCCGCAGUUGCCCGCAGGCUAUGGACGAUGACAUCGACAGCUCCUGCUCCACCCCGUUCGCCAGCGCGCCGUCCAGUCCCGGACGUCCCCACGCCAUCGGCGGCGGAGGCUACUUCUUCAGCGCGCCGGCCAGCCCCAUCCACCACCUCCUCCUCUCGACCUCGUGCUCGGCCUCCGCGACUCCCAGCACCGGUGGGCGUGGGUGCGUGGGCGACGCGGAGUUCGAGUUCGGCGGGCCUGGCGGGCCCAUGAUCUCCGCCGACGAGCUCUUCCACAACGGCCAGAUCCGGCCUCUCACCCUGCCCCCGCUCCCGGAUCUCGACCCCGGGAGCGAUGACGACGAGGACUGCGGCCGCGCGCCGACCCGCGGCCGCGACCUCACGCCCCGAAGCGCGUCCGUGCACCGCCGCGCGCGGUCCAUGUCUCCGCUCCGCAGCGCGUCGCCGCGGCUCAAGCUGAUGAAUGCGCUCGUCCCGGCGCCGGAUCUCGGCCCCGCCCCCGACGCGACCGGGGAGGCUGCGCCGCCGGUCACCGCCUCGUCCCGCUCGUCCUCGUCCUCGUCCACCUCCUCGUCGGGUACGUCGUGGGUGCGCGGGUCCCGGCGGUGGGUGUUCAUCAGGGACAUGCUCCUCCACCGCAGCAAGAGCGAGCCAGGCAGCAGCGCCCACUCGCGUGACGCCCUCGGGGCGCCCGCCGCUGGCGCUAACAAGCCCGAACGAACCUCCUGGCCGUUCUCCCCUUCCUGGGUAGCCAGGGACAGGCUCGCCGCGAGGCUCCGCCCCUCUCGCUCACCGCCGGCGACCGAGGCCGCUGGCGAGGAUGCCCGGCCGCGGGGGCAGCGCAGGGGCCGCCGGCGACGUUCCACUACGGUGGCGGCGGCGCACGAGAGGCUCUACGCGGCGCCGAACCGUGCGCAGGCCGAGGGGAUGCGGCGGCGCACGUUCCUUCCCUACCGGCAGGGCCUCCUGGGCUGCCUGGGCUUCAGCUCCCGCGGCUACGGCGCGCUCCACGGGUUCACCAAAACCCUCAACCCUGUAUUCUCCCGGUGAAACGUUGCCGUCAAAAGGCUCCCCAACCAAAAAGUAAAAAAAAAUUGUAAGAAGCUUCAGUAAAGUUGUUGGGCGACUUGAUUAGCCACCUUUUCGUACGUUCAUGUAUGCGAACAUUUUUGUUUGUGUGCGUUCUGUACAUAGUCCCGUCAAGCAGUGUCAGUUUUGAGUUUGUAGUUUGCCGA